AUGAGCGUGAUCAUGUCGGAGCCGCAGAUCGGCGUCACCUCAACCGCCGACAAAGACUACAAGAUACUGGCGGACGACAAAGACACGGAGAACCGCAAGAGCUCGUCGACCUACACUAUCUCGAACCUUUUGGAGAAGAAGGAGAAGGAGUCGUCGCCGUCGAGCAGCUCGAGCGAGGAGGACUCGGCGAGCACCGACGACGAUCAGCGCAGUCCCUCGUCGUCCGAAGCCACCUCGGGCUCCUCGUUCCUUUUCCCGGCCACCUCAUCUUCUUCGGAGAACGCUCCGCUGCAGAACGCGUUGAUGGCCCAGUUGAUGGGCGGCGGCGGCGGUGGCGGUGGCGGGCCGGUGGAUCCGAGCUCACUUCAGGUACGGUCCCCUAGAAGUUCGGUAUGGUCCCUAGAAGAUUUGCGUCUGUUUUUCAGGCCUACUUCAUGCUCCUCUCCUCUCAAAUAAACUCGGCGGCGGCUGUGAAUCGAGCCGCUCAGGAGAAUGGUUAGUUUUGAUUCGUCCCCACACAUGUUGAGUCAUCACACAGCUGCCCCCCCCCGCGGGAUCACUACCGUAUUCAUACGGAUGGCCAACAAAUUGCAUAACAAUAAUUUGAUCAUAUUAGAGCAGUUCGGGGGGGGACCAGCAUUUAAAAAUUCCUAGUGGAUCCGUUAGAUCGGCACGCAGACAUCUGCCGAUUUACAACUGUACAAAUGUGUGAAGCUCGUAAACCCCCCGCUUUGCAACAUUUCCUUUAUGACCCCCCCACCAAGCACAGGGGACCAAUGUCGAAAACUUUGACAACUCAAGGACGCUUCGAUUUCGACGUAAUUAAUGAGGCAGUUUGUCCACACAAAAGGGGGGGGGGGGUCUGUCCGUCAAAAUUAAUGAGAUAUGAACAUUGUUAGGUGGAUCCCUAGGGGUACAGUACUCUUUUACGUUCCGUUACCCCCCUAACCGCUUGGCGCCGUGUCUGUCUGUCCCGGAAACAAAACAUGAAUGUGUACUUAGUCUGACCUUCUUACAACACUUUUUUUUUGUUUUCUGCGCCUUCCCCAUAUGUAUUACCAUGCGUCGCAUUAUGAUGAGCGUUGGGUUCAAUCGACCGGAAGCGCGCGUCCAACUUUGGGGGACCAAAAGACACACACUCAAAUUACAGUGAACCGUGCGCUGAACCCGUUCAACUUGCUCGGCGGACUAUCCGCCGGACUGCCGGCCCUCUCGCCAAUGGGCCGUCUGCCGCACUCGAUGCAGUUGUCGCCAAACUCGUUGAAUAUGCAGAAGAAGCAGAGUAGACCGACUUUUACCGGACAUCAGGUGAGCGCAACUUUGAGGGACCACCCGAACUUAUACGGGACCACUUUCAGAUCUAUCAGUUGGAGCGGAAGUUCGAGCAAACCAAGUAUUUGGCGGGUGCGGAUCGUGCUCAACUUGCUCAGGAGUUGAAUAUGAGUGAAAGCCAGGUCAAGGUAAGCGGUUGAAGGCAAAGUUUUUUUCCACAUGGUGCAUCGACCACUCUCGCACAUUCCACGUUCCUAACCAUAUCAAUCAUAAUAAUAAUAAUAAUGACACAAUAGUGUAUAUAGUUCUGUAUUGUGCGAAACCCAUCUGACUCAUGCCCCAUGUCAUUAUUAUGAUUAUAACAUUAUAACAACCUGUCGCAUGUCAUCCAACUUUCGCCUUUUUUGUCAUCAGGAGGUGUAUAAUAGGAUUUCAUUUAUGUGAUUAGGGGAACGGCCGUAUCCGGUUACUGUAGUCGCGCGAGACGGGGCGGGCGGGACACACCUCAUUUCACUCAUAUAUGAGAGGGAAUGCGACCACGUUGUUCCGUCGCCACACUCUUCCCUCAAUUCGGUUAUCGAAUUACGGUAGCGGGGGAUGGAUCAUCUAGAUGGUGCAUCGACCAAAAUGAUCAUAGUUAGUCGCAUACAUAGUUGAAGAUAGUUAUGCAUAAUAUCCUAAACAUCUGCCUCCACAAUACUCCCUCGGGGCCCCCACCCCCCACCACUAAAAGAAGGGAAAAGAAAGACGAAGAAGAACAUGUUCUAGUUCAUUUCGAUUCAAAUAUUUUAAUUUUAUUUGAUAUCAUGUGUCGUCGCGCCGAGCCUCUUGCUCGCGCGGAGAGAAAGAGUUGUAUGAGUGACAGAUGGGAAAUGGAAAAGGAAAAGGGAAAAGCUGCUGACGUGGCGGCGGGUGUUUAAAUUCUUGGAAUCUGGGGGUUCAUCUCAGAAACAGAGCGCACGGCGACCAAAAACGUAGAAAGGGGCGUGGCCUAGAGUGCACGGUUUAUCACCAUUUUUUUGGCGCGAAAUUCGAAAUUUAACCCCAUUUUUCACGUUUUUCACGUUCAAACAUUACCCAAAUUUUGUACGCGUUUCGACGAUGCGAUUGCAUAAUAACUUUGUUAAACUAAUCAUCGCGCGCACUUUUUGAGCUUAAAACGAGCAGGUUUCAUUUAGAAAUGAAUAAAUUGAAUCGAUUUUCAAGUUUUGUGCUGAAAAUGCGCGAAUUUCAGUCAUUCGCCGAUACUUUUUGCCGUUUGAACGCUUAAAAUACUUGUAUUGAAGUGCUUAAUCACUUCCGAAACACUCACUUUGUCUCAAAAUGAUCCAGAUCGGCCGGUAUGAAAAUUCCGAAUUGCGAAAUAUGCCAAAAACGUCUCAAACGCGGCGUUUUCACGAAAAUUUCAAUGUUUUCUUCUUUCGUCGUCAGCAAACACACAAAAAUAUCGACGGAAAAGUGUGCUGGAAUUGCGGCAAUUUUCAGAAAACGCGUCUCAGAUUAGGCCACGCCCCCGGACGCCGUGGCGCAGAGUAGAGAUUCUAUGCCCCUGUCAAACGUUUCAAUUUUGCAGGUCUGGUUCCAAAAUCGUCGGACAAAGUGGCGCAAGAAGGAGGCGGCGGACAAUGCUCUUGUGAAGCGCGGAGCCAGCGGCGACAAAUCGCCGUGCUCACUGAGCCCGUUCCUGAGCGCCGGCAUCUAG